CGCGCGGUCGAGCUUUCGUAGUCGGCAUCGGCCAUCCGCGACGCGAACUUUCACCCGGUCGGCGGUACCGCGCGCGUCGCGGCGCGACUUACGAAGUUGUUGCGCGUUGUAUGCCGACGUGCUCGUCGAGGCAAAGGGAAAGAAAGGCGGCGUUCUUCGACAAACGAACAUUCAUCCCAUGUGCUCGUUCCUUCGAAUUCCGUGACGGAUACGCGGCGCGUAAAAACGCGCGGCUGAAAGAUGUGCGGUUGCCUUUGCGACUCGAGACGUUGAUCUUCGCAACUUUGUUCGCGACCAGUGCAAUUUGUAGCCAGUGAGGAGAUUGUUAAUGUGGGAAUUAUUAAUUCAAGCUGGAGUUUACACAUAUUUUCGGAUUGAUUUACGCGCACACGCGCGUGCAAGGACGAUGUCUUCUCGAGGACGGUGGUCCGCACGGUCGAAUUGAAGUCGCGCCGCGUCGAGCGCAGACGUUGAUUUUAUCUAUUCCGAUUGCGCCCACGGGCGAGCGCGUGCACGCGAAUGGAAAAACUGUUUGGAAAAACAAAAGUUGCGGGCGACCGAAAGCGUCUCGCUGCCUCUAAUUUUAAUUUCACCGGCCGUACGGCCGGUCUAUAAACCGCGCUCUCGCGUUUUCGAUUGCUCGAUCGCGCGAUGAAACCAGCCUGCCGGAAGAAUUUCGAUGCUGUCCCCGGAAUUGCGGCGAGCCGCUCUUAACCCGGAUAGGGCCGCGAAGUGAAAUUUGAAGCAGUCGACGUGAGAUUACGCUUUCAAAUUUUCGUGAAAGAUUAGAUCGAUUCGGAACAUAUUAAUGAAUCCAAAUUGUUACCGAAUUAAUUUCUUUUUAACGCAAAUCAAUGGGAGGUGUUCAUUGACGUACACGUACGCUGCAUCUACGCUGUGUGUCUGUGUGUGGGCAAAUGCUUUCGUUUCUUUUGUCAUUACUAUCACGCGACAUUUUUGUGACGUCAGGAAGAAGAGAAUUGUUGGCAAGAUCGCUGCCAGUCCCCGAGGAAACUGGGUGAAAAUUACGAAUCGUGGACCGGAGGGUGCGCGAGCGCCGCCGAGCGAUGGAUUUUAUGGUGCUGCUCUUCGUGAUGCUGCUGAGGCAAGAGGAUAUGAUCGGGAGAGAGACCGUCUCUAUGGUAUCACAUGGUACAAGGACCACGAGGUAUUCUACAAAUACGUACUCCGAGAUAAAAAUUCCCACAUCUAUGACGUCAAUGGUGUCAAAGUUGACAGAUCCCGCUCGGAUGAUCACACAGUGACACUGCAGGACGCAAACCUCCACGCUAGCGGCGUGUACAAGUGCGAAGUUAACGGAGAGGGGCCGAGCUUUAAUACAGUCAGUGCCGAAGCAAGAAUGGAGGUCAUAGCACUACCUCAAGAAAGGCCAAUAAUAACCGGAGAGGAAAAGGUGUACGCGAGCGGGGACGUGCUCGCGCUGAAUUGCACCAGUGGCAAGUCCCAUCCUGCCGCAAAGCUCAGAUGGUUCGUUAAUGGUCAACAGGUCAAGCCUGAUUCGGAGAAGGUGUUCACCGAGCAACAUGGGCUAUACUCGACGAUAUCGAGUCUACUGCUCGAGUUGGAGCCGGGUCAUCUCGCCAGCGACAAGAUAAACGUCAGGUGCGAGGCGACGGUACAAUCGACUCACAAAGUCACCGAGCCAUUCGUCGACGUUCGCGACACCGAGGUCUUUGUUCAAGGUCUCGCCACCCUGACAACACCAUCGCUAUUUCUGUUGGUGGCUGCGGUACUACAACGAUUUCUGCUACCCAUAUAGACCCUUUCGGCGCGAUGAGGGGCAUCAAGACGACUCUAACGCGAGAGAAGACAGGGAGAAAGCGGAUCACGGCGGAAGAGGGAAGGCGAGGAACGACCAAACGUUUCGUGACGAAAGACAAUCAUAUCUUAAUACGAAGCGAAUUGCGACGAGAAAUCGGGGGAUUCGCGCCAGACUUGUCGAUCAUUAUUGCAACGGCGGACGGCCACGAGUUCUUGCGAUUUUUGCUCGUCGCUGCGCCUUCUCGUUAGACCGAGCGAGAAUCGUACUGAAUAAGCAUCGAUCUGCUCGUCGUUGCUCUCGAGAGUAUAUUUCCUCGACACACGCGUAAAAUCGAUAGAUAGUCUAAUUAACUACGAAAGAAAAUACGCGAUAACCAAGUGGACAUCCACCAAGUUCUCGCACGUGCGAGGAACUCCUCCUCGACGCUCGUCUAUUCUGUUAGAAUCGAUAUCUGCGCCGUUACUCGUGAAAUAGAUUCAAAUCGGCCGCACUCGGGGGUUCAAACUCUCGAUAACGAGAGGGAACUUUUCGAACUUUCUAUCUUAACGAUAUAAGUUAGAAAAUGAACCAAUUCUGCAGCCGUAAAAUAAAAUUUGAAUAAAAUUUCAUUAACAAAUUAUUACGGAUUCAACAGGAAUUGCCAAUUGGGAACGUCACUCGAUAUCAUUACAUAAAAUGUAAAACAUUGAUUUCUUUUUCCUUCUUCGGAAGUUUGAACCCUGUGAAUCUUUUUAUUUUUUUAUGUAUUAUUUUGUUAAUAGUUCACAAAAAAUGAAGUAAAAGGUGCAGUCAAUCGAGUCAUCGGAUAAGGAAUGAGAUUUUGCGCUCAGGAUAGAGAGAAGAAGAGUAAGUACCUUCAAUGACGUAUCAGAAAUAACAUUCGCGAUCAAAAAUUUCACAUCAAGAAAAUUUAACAAGCUAAAAAUGCAUCUAGCAGUUUAUAUAAUGACACGGUUCCACAUGUAAUUUUCGUUACGACGCAAUUUUUGACGUUUGCAAUAUUUUUCCGUUAAAAUAAAAAGCAUGCAAAUCCCGUGUUUCAUAUUUUCGUUUUUCGACUCGCUCUAUAUUUGAAUCAUAAAAAUAGUUUAAAAAUAAUCUGAAUAAAAGGAGAGACGUGACAAUGUAUACGGAAAAAAAUGUCUCGGGGAAGUAGCUUUAAAAAAAAAACUGGUACAUAUAAUUUCCUGCGUAAGAUAUGCAAGUUUUAAUUUAUAAGUUUUCCCGUGAUAUAAUGCCAUGAAUUUUUGCAACCGGGAGAAAUCAAUUUGAAAGCGUCGAGAACGUUGUACCUCAGGGUUCGAAAACCUUCUCAGCGUGAUAUCGUCGUCAAUAAUAACGGGCACAGCAGUUGUCGUCGGGAUGCAAUCGUUAUCGAUUGUAUACGUGCCGCGACCGAGUGUAAAUAUAUACAACAACUAGGUAGACACACGUUUUCAUCGAGCCCCGUCGUAAGCUUCCUUCAUUCUAAUUAUAACUUUUAAUUGAUACGUGUAAUUAAUAUAAUAAGCCAAGAUGAAACUCGCGGAUCUCCAAUUGCACGAGUACCCUUCCUUUUUGCUGCAUGAUACAUUAUCACGCCGAAAAAAAAAACUCGUUAAAUGGAUAAGUGCAAAAAAGAAAAAUCUUAUCGCUGGAGCAAACAGUAAUCCUGAAUAGAAUUUAUCGUAUUUAUUGUCACAGACAGGAAUAUUGUUAAAAUCUUGAAGAAAUCUAUUCUUCGUUAUACAAAAUGUCUAUAAAUAAUGCAUGCUUCAGUUUCCGUUUUUAUCGUUUCAUAUUCCAUAAUUCAUCCAAGAAUUAUUAAAAUUCAAAUUAUAUUUAAAAUCGAACAUUUGAUAAAUACCGUUGGAUGAAUUUAAAAAAACAGAUUUUUUUUUAAAAAAGCCCUUACAUUUCCAAUUUAAAAAAUUGUCUAGAUAUUUUAUUUAAAAAUAUUUUAAAAAACAUUAUUUCAAAAUUAUUUUAUAUUUAAUCUUUAUUAAAAAGAUAGAACAAAAUUUAUUCAAGCGUUAUACAAAUACUGAAAUUAUAAUUUAAUUAUAAUUAUAAUUUUAUGUAAUCGUUUGAUUAAUCGAUUGUAGAUGUGCAAUAUCAAUGAACAUUUAUAAAUUUGCAAAUCGAAAAUCACAGUCCUGUAAAAUGUUAAGGAGCCCAUUGGCUUGCUGUUUGCCCUGGGGCGUUUCGACACCUGCGAGAUCGUACAAGCGCAUAAAAUGCAUAACGAACAUCAGAGUUGCAGCAUGCGCGAAGUGUUUAUUUUUUUUUAUCGCGUAAACACACACAUGUAUAUAAACAUAUAUGCACGAAGCGGUAGCAGCCGCCAUCAACGAUCGCGAGCGAUCGGAAAAUAUGAUUCAUACGCGUAAGCCGAUUAAUUUACAAAGUUCAACGUACACACGGCUGACGUAGAUAUUUAUACAGGACUCUCCGCGGAAAUGCGUUAUUUUUUCACCCGAGAUUAAUAGUUGUUACAUUUCCGCGUCCCACUGUGUUUUCGCGUGUCUCGCUGGUACAGUUGUGCGUCGUCGCGAUCGACAGGUCAACGUAAAUAAAUAAACGUUCAUGUGAUAAAUAUAAUAACCAGAUUUUCGGAGUACGGGUCGGGAACGUUAGUUAAAUCUAUUGCGUCUGAAGGACAUUGAGAGAUCUCAAUGAAGCGGAACUCACGCCCGAAACUAGAACGUUAAUUCUCAUGGGAACAUUAGAUGAGAGGAUAUUCACAGACUAUACGAUUAAAAUACCGCUCAUUAAGGUUUGAUUAGACGCGCUUCCGAGAGGACGAUUCGAUAAAAUAUUCAAUUCGAAUCCCGGAGGGUUGUGCGAACGAUAUUGGUCUUCACAUCGCGCGAAUAUAAUCAUCUUCCAUAAUCCACGGAAUAACCACUCGUCGUAACUGUGUAUGCGAAACGAUAUCUAAUAGGAAGUCUUCGUGUAUAUUUUUGCGUAUAAUGAUUUGCGCCAUUAGCCUAUUAUUACUGCAAUUCCCAGUUGUUGAAAUUUCCAGUUUUUAUCGGGGAUUCCAUGAGUCGGCGAUGAAGCGUACUGAAAUGUUAAAGACGCGCACGCAAGGGAAUGACGUUACAUUAUUCGCUCUUUGUUUCGCUUUUUCUCGAGAUGCGCGUGUUUAUCGACGACAGCGUGCAACAAAUACAAACCGUUAAGCUCUUCCAGUUCCACGCUUCCCGUUUCGAAAUCGAUAACUUCCUAGAUAACGGCAGCAAGGUCUCGCGAUCACACGGGAUCGUUCGCAGGAUGCGGCGCGUUUAUACGAGGAGUCGCGUGAAGCUGUAAAGAGGAACGGUGUGUACGACGGCUUUUCGUUUAUGGCAAUUUCGUGCUGGGAUUCAGCUAUUGCGCUCGGCGAACGCGUUGAGUCGAGCGGAGACGCGUUUCGGCGUGAUGAAUGCAAUUUGCGGGAUGAAGAAGAGCUCGUUCUACAUAUGAUUUUUAGCGAGUUAUUAUGGCGCGCGUGUGGUAAGUUCUGCGUGAUCGGGGUAUCUCUUUGGCAUGCAAAAGACCUGCCGGAACUUAAAGGUGGGAGGUGAAGUUUCGAGUUGGGAAUUUAUCAUUAAUUCUCAGCAUCGCGCUGCGUCACGGCUUAAGAAGGUAACACGUCAUCGCGACAGUAUGAAGGUAUAUAUACCGUAUUAAUUACGUAUACGUGUAAUCGUACGUCACCGUACCUUCAUUUACUUCGAUUCCUUUUUUAUGCGAUUCGUUUAUUUUUAUUACUAUCAAACAUGCAAGUAGGCACAAGUAGGUGACCUAUUUUGAAAAUAUUUCCGAUAUUUUAUGUGCAAGCAUUCGAAAUAAAGUAAAAAGCAUGGAAUCUUCUUUCAUAUAUGUGAAUCAUUCGUAUUGAUUAAAAGUUUGAAACAGAGUACCAGGGGAUACGUAAUAAAUAGUCGAAAUGAUCGCUCUAAUUUCGUUUUUAUUUUCAUUUGUAAAUCAGCAAAAUUUUUUCCAAAAAUUAUUAUCAUUUUUAUCUUUAUUAUUAACGUUUGAAAUAAUAAAGACAGUUCGAUGUUUUAAUACCUUAUUUGAUAUGAGAAAUUCUGCAGAUGCAUAAAUUCCGCAUAUUACAUCGACUACUUUUUUUUUUUUUAGCAAUUAUCACACUUUGCCAUAUAGUUAAUAAACUUCGCCGGCACGGUUAACCGCACUCGACGUACAAAAACUGUACAUAGCUGAUACGUCUUUUGUGAUUACGACAGGAGAACGCGAGGCACUUUACAUUUACAUAUUCCAGGCGAGCAGGCUUUAGCUUUUCAUUUGCUUUGAAGUGUCGUUGGACGGCAGUAUGUUUUACGUCUUAUCGGGGGGACAUAUCUCCGAUAUUUACGGCGGCGUUGGCCGAGCAAAGAAUUGUACAUACCCUUGUAUAUAACUGCGCUGUAAUGUAUAAUAGUAAAAGGUUACUCGAAGAGGGGACUGAAGGACUUCGGCAUCCCGGAAGUCUCGCGUGUGAUUAAACGGAUGCGAGGAUGUCAAUCUCGCGUCCGACAGGAAGAUAACGGAAGUAUUUAGCCAUAUUGUGAAAGUGUUCAAAUGGCGCGUCUCUCGAGUGUCGCCAGUACAGAUAAGGAAUAUACGCGAGAACGCGCCCGUAUCUUCGCUCGCGAGGCGAGACGUGUAGUUAUUAAAAGAAGAAAAAAAAUAAAGAUGAUGUACUCGGUGUUAGCUUUCAGUUGUAACGAGCUUCUGGAUACACACAUACACACGUACAUACACACAUACACAUACACACAGUAAAAACGCCGAUGCGAAAAAUAAAUAUAUGUACCUCUGUACACACCUGUGUUUUUGAGGCGGUAAACGCACGAGAGGCUCUUCGCCAUCGCGACGAAGAAUCGAGCGUUCCGCUCUAAUUGAGAUAUCAGGAACCUACGAGAAAGAUUAUGUUCUUAUGUGUAUGGCCUAAUGUAUAUAUUUCGCGAAUUUAGUAAUAAAUCAUAUUUCAUUAUA